AUGUCGUUAGAAUACGCUCGCGUUGGUAAUAUUGAAGAUAUCACGUCAAUCGGUUCAACCACCAGCUUUCUACAGGCCACAGCAGCUGAGGUUAGAUCAACACGAGUAAACUGGCAAUCUUACCUUCAAGGACAAAUAAUUAAUGAUGAGCAGUAUUCAUUCAUAACACGACUUGAUAAUGCUCCCACUGCGGAAGCACGAAAUCAUGUAAUAAGGGCUGAUGAAAACAUGACCGCUAGGGUUUUUAUAUUUAUCCUAAAUAAAAUCUCGAAAGAACAAACAUUACGAUAUAUCCUUACACUUAUUGAUGAUAUGCUUCAGGAAGAUAAAUUACGUGUUGAAAUCUUUCGUGAUUACUUCUCCAAGUCAAAAGAGUCACUUUGGUCUCAUUUUUUCGGAUUUUUCCAAAGAGGGGAUCCUUUCUGUAUGUACCAAGCUUCCCGGAUAAUUGCAAAGUUUGCAUGUUGGUCUUCCCAACUUAUGGAGGAAAAUGACUUGAUUUAUUAUUUAAAUUGGCUACGUGAACAACUGACAAUAACCAAUAAUCAGUAUGAUCAAACUGUGGCUCGAAAUCUUCAAAUGAUGCUUCGUAUCAGAGAGUACCGUGCUCAAUUCGCUAAAGUCGGAGGAAUUGAGACCAUUGGAGAUGUUUUACAAGAAAAAUCAACUAGUCGUCAGUUACAAUAUCAGUUAAUUUUUUGCUUAUGGUGUAUGAGUUUUGAUUCAAUUCAUGUAACUGAUAUAUGUAAGAAUUCUGCAUUAUUGGCUACUGUAGCUGAUAUUUUCCUUGAAGCAGAUCGAGAAAAAAUCACUAGAAUUUCAUUGGCAUUCUUUCGUAGUAUUUUAGAAAAAUUACCUACAAACGCUGAACAAAGAGAUUGUGGCUUACGCUUAGUUCAAUAUAAAGUUUUAAAAGAAUUAGAAUUGCUUAAUCAAAAAGAUUUUAGUCAUGAUCCUGAAUUAACUGAAGAUAUUACAUUCUUAAAUGAGAAAUUAUCGGCUAGUAUUCAAGAUGUAAGUAGUCUUGACGAAUAUAUGGCUGAAUUAAAAUCUGGUCGAUUAGAAUGGUCACCUGUUCAUAAAUCAGAAAAGUUUUGGUAUGAAAAUGCAGUAAAAUUUACAGAUAAUAAUUAUGAAAUGUUAAAAAUGUUAGUACGACUAGUCGAACUGGGUACUGAUCCAUUAACAUUAUCUGUGGCUGUACAUGAUAUUGGAGAGUUUGUAAGACAUUAUCCACGUGGUAAACAAAUAAUUGAAACACUUGGCGGUAAACAGUUAGUAAUGGCUUUACUACAGCAUGAUGAUCCAAAUGUUCGUUAUAAUGCACUAGUUUCAUUACAAAAGAUAAUGGUACAUAAUUGGGAAUAUUUGGGUAAACAAUUGGAUUCAGUUCAAAGUACUGAUGUGAAAUCAACUGGAGUAAAAGUAAAGUAG